AUGCCCUUCCGCGCUCGGGAUCGGCGCUCGGGGGGGGCGGGGGGCAGCGCCGCGGGACGCGCGGCGGCCCCGGAGCGUUGCGGUCCCGCCGGCACCAUUCGCGCUGCCCGCUGGCUGGGGCUGGGGCUGCUCCUGCUCUGCCUCUGCCGCCCCGCCGAGCCCUGGUACAAGCAGGCAGCCGGGCCCCGCCGCUACUCGGUGGGCAGAGCCUCGGGGCUGCUCUCUGGCCUCCGCCGCUCGCCCCACACACGUCGCUCUGACACCGAUGGCACCACCGAGCCCAGCCCCGGCGUGCUGCUGCCCGGCACGGCCCGUGCGCCUGUGCAGCUCCACGCCACAGCGCUGUGCGUGAUGGAUGUGGCCCCCGAGCUGCGGAGCUGCCAGGUGCUGCCUGGAGUCCCCAGCGCUCUCCAGUGCAAGGCGGUCGCGACCGUGUCCUUGGACCCCAUGGAGUGUGUGGAUGCCUGA